AUGAACUCAACAAAUCCGGCAAGUGUUUUAGGUUUUGGUGCAUGGAAGCAGAUUGUAGACAAAUUCUUAUACUGUGCUAACUCUUCAAAGCAAACAGGAGGUUCGAAGAAAAUUAAAGAAGCAAACCUUCCACCGCACACUCAUACAGGAACUACAAACACAACAGGUAAUCAUUCACAUUCAAUAACAAAAAGAGGUUAUAGAAAUCUUGCAGCAGGUUCGGAUAGACAGGGAAUGGAUAGAUAUGAUAUUUCAACUGACCCAGUAGAUUCAAGCGCAGGUAUUUUCUGUGGAACCGCAGGAAAUCAUUCACACACUUUCACAACAAAUCCAACAGGCUCGGGUGAAGAUUAUAUGCCUCCAUUUAUGACUGUAUUUGCAUGGUACUGA